UAAACUCAAAACAAACACACCCUAACCUAAUCCAAAAUCCCACGUUUGAACCCCGCCGUCGACGUGAGUGGUCGUCCAACACUGGCUUUGCCUCCAUCAUCCUCGUACUUGUCCUCGUCGUCUGCCGACAUCAUCUGUCUUCCUCGACCUGGUUUUCCGCUGUAUUCGACUUGGUCUUCUUCUUCUCUGGUUCCCGGCUUCGUCGCCGCCGCCUUGACGUCUUCUUCUUCUGCAGCUUCGCUGGAGGCUUUGAUGUUUGGCUUGAGUCACUCUCUGGCAACUAUUACUGGACCGUUGUAUUCUGUUAAACUAGGGAAGAAUCAUUUCCCCCUUUUGGUGGAAUGUGCUGCCAAAGGCCCUCGUCCAAGAUAUCCUCGGGUAUGGAAAACCAAGAAGAAAAUAGGGACUAUUUCGAAGUCCCUCAAGCUUGUUGAAUGCAUCAAGGGAUUAUCUAAUGUCAAAGAGGAAGUUUAUGGCGCUCUUGAUUCCUUUAUUGCCUGGGAAUUAGAAUUCCCCUUGAUUACAGUAAAGAAAGCUUUGAAAACCCUAGAGAAUGAAAAGGAGUGGAAAAGAAUAAUUCAGGUAACGAAAUGGAUGCUAAGCAAAGGCCAAGGAAGAACAAUGGGAAGCUAUUACACUUUGCUGAAUGCUUUGGCGGAGGAUGGAAGGCUUGAGGAGGCUGAAGAGCUUUGGAAGACAUUAUUUUCCCAAAACCUGGAAAGUAUGCCACGAAUGUUCUUUCAGAGGAUGAUUUCUAUCUAUUAUACCCGUGAGAUGCAUGAGAAGAUGUUUGAGAUAUUUGCUGACAUGGAAGAGCUUGGCAUACGACCAUCUAUGGCAAUCGUAUCAAUGGUUGGGGACGUUUUCAAGAAACUUGAGAUGCUGGAUAAAUAUGAAAAACUGCAUAGGAAAUACCCUCCUCCGAAAUGGGAAUUCCGCUACAUCAAAGGUAAGCGUAUCCGCGUAAGAACAAAGUAUCACGAGAAAGCUCAAGCUUCCAUUGACAAUGAGGUAAGUAGUGAUCCCGACAUUGAAGAUGAUGACACCAAUGGUUUUGCAUUUGAGGGUGAAGAAAAAGCUAAGAUUGGCGGCUUUGUUGGGGAAGACGAUUCAUUUGAACUCGACGCUAGUGAAGAAAAAUCUAAGAUUGGAGGCUUUGUUGGGGAAGAUGAUUUAUUUGUGCCUGAAACUACUGCUUGACUUGUCCUAAAGUCUAUUUGGACUACACUGCACUUGUAUAUUCUAUUCGCAUAUAGUGUGUAGCAAGGUGAUCUUGUAGGAUAUGUGUUUUAAGUUAAAUUAUGUGAUAUUCUCCACGUUUCCCAAGAAAUUACUCGCUGUUGUAAAGAAAUUAGGUGUACUUAUUUUUUUAAUAAAA